AUGAUCUUUCGAACCUGUGAGCCUUUCGUCAAGGUCUUUGACGAGGAGGUGAAGCACCUGGGCCUACGAGUGGCGUGGAGCGCACAAAGGCCCACCAUACAGAGGGUGGAUGAGGGCACGGCAGCCCAAGUUGUUGGCAUUUGCCCUGGAGAUCUACUUCUUGCCAUAAACGACACAGAGACGGAAGGGCGUCCACGAGAGGAACUGUUGCCACUUCUGAGAGAUCGCCCUCUCCGACUGCGCUUGGUGCGAAAGGGUAGCGACUGCUCAGUGGCGACAGGGACAAUGACUUUCGGGACUCCCAAACAUUUGUCAAAGAGCAUUACUGGCAAGCAAACCCAACCGGCUCUGAAAAAGACUGAGCUGGGAAAGGUAGCUGCUGUCAAGAACGUCGAUGACAGCCGCGGCCGCGAGGCCAACUUGACCAAUGCCUGGGCCGACUCACCCGUAUCUGUGGUUCAGGGCCGCGCAGCCCCCGACUCGCCGAGGAAGAUCUCCUCGCGGCAAAUAGGUCGAAGAGAUGGGCGUAAAACCUCGAAAGGAAGUCGCGCUGCAAGCACCGCCAACAGUGAAGACGAGCCCGAAGGCUCUCACACCCAGCUUGGACUGCGUCGAUUUAUAGCCACCCGGAAGGAGUCGACAGCCUCUGUCGCAGAGGUGGGCAUUGGGAACUUCAAAAUUUCCAUUCACGACCAAGCCGAUGAACCGAAGAGCUGUGCAAGACGCCUGCACUCGUUGCUGAAGUGGUGGAACCACUUAGAGGAUCGAGGUGGCUGUGCCUACAAGUCCAGGCCUUUCUUCACACUUUCUUCGACGGUGAUCAUGAUGCAUGCGGUCGUUGUGACAAUGUCCUCAGACUGGGAAGUGAACCACAUUGGAGGCACGCCUCCGCCCCACUUCAACUAUCUGGAAAUGGGGUUUCUGGCCUUUUAUGCCCUGGAGCUCGGGCUCCGACUCACAGUUCAUCGUUGUUUCUUCUUCAUCGGUGAAAGCGCUGGCUGGAACUGUUUUGACUUCCUGCUGGUUGCAUUUUCCGGGUUUGAUGUCGGCCUCUUUUUCAUGCAGCUGGCGAGACAUGAACAGGAAAGUGGCAGUGGCAAUGUGUCCUUCAUGCGAAUGUUCCGGCUCUUCAAAAUCACGAAGAUCCUCCGCACGAUCCGAAUCAUAAAGGUGUUCCGAGAGCUCUCCAUGAUGGUGGAAAGCUUUACGAAGUGCCUUGUGGCCAUGUUCUGGGGGCUGACCCUGCUCAUCUUUCUCUUGUACAUUUUUGCGCAACCUGUGCUGCAUGGGAGCAGAGUAGGCUGGCUCCCACCUCAGCUGCAAACAACUUGCAUUCUUGACGGCCUUGUUGUUGCCAAGCAUAAGUACAUGCGAGACAACGCGAGCUUCGUCUUUGUCCAAGGCGUCACCGACUUGCUCAGAGAGCAGACAUUCAGUGCAGAGGACGAGCAGUCGAUCCUGAGCCAGUUCGGUUCGGUGUUGGACAGCAUGUUGUCUCUCUACAUGGCCGUGACAGGUGGAAAUGACUGGGUGGAAUACUAUGAGACCGUUCGACAAUGUGGUCCUUUCUAUGACGUUUUGUUUUUGCUCUAUACAUUCUUUUUUGUGUUUGCACUGUUCAACAUCAUGACGGGUGUCUUCGUUGAGCGCGCGCUGACAGCUGCCAUUCCUGAUAGAGAUGAAAUGAUUUGGGAGGAGCAGAAGAAGCUGGCGAAACAGGUUGAGGACUUCAAGGCCCUCUGCAACCAGUUGGACACAGACAACUCAGGAACAAUUACCAAGACCGAGUUCAAAAAACAUAUGCGAAGCGACGUCAUGGUGUCGUACAUGUCCAGCGUUGGCCUCGAGAUGCAUGACGUAGAGCACUUCUUCCGGACAGUGGCCGGAGAAGACCAAGAAGUUAGCAUUGACCGGUUCGUGGAGGGAUGCAUGGCCAUGAGGGGCAAUGCAACUGCGCUCGAUGUGCAGCGACAGCUCUUCGAAUGCAAGCGUCUGUCCGACGCCAUCAAAUCGCUCAAGCGCGAGCACAGCGAGAACAUGAGCAAGGUGCAGUGGAUCCUGUUGAAGGCAUUUCCUCGGCUUGCCGACGAGAUGCCGAAAAUAGAUGACAAGGCACAGCAAUCAUCGAACCCGACGCGUUCGCAGCAGUCGUCGGCCAGUGACAAGGUGCGGCCCUCGAGUGCAGGUCGCCCUAUUCCAAUUGGUUCAAACACCGGAGAGGCAAGCAGCAAGGCCUCCAGCCCAACUCGUGAGAUCACGUCGCCCGUUUCGAUUCUUGCCAAGGAUAUGGAAAGAACGACGCCGGUUCACGCGGCCAAGUGA